GUUGAUGUACACUGUGACGUGACAUUUUGAGCCACGCCACUCGUACGGUUCCGUGUCGACCAGUGGACCGGAUUUACGGUCCUCCUUGACCGACGCACGCCGACUCACGGGGCUGGACCGAUCGGAGACUCAACUGGCGCAGAGGCGAAGUAUUUUAAUGGCAACAAGAAAGUUCUGUACAUGAGGUUGGGACUGGACGUGACGAACUAUUAUCUUUGACCAGUCAUGUGGCAAGAGAUAUUCUUGAUGUGUUGCUGGCUCGCUCUGUUAACGGACUCACAAUCUUCUUCACAGAAAUACACAACUGAACGAGGGACACCAGCUGAACACACGAGACCAACAAAAGCAACCACAGCGGCAAAGCGUUCGCUUCCUAGCGAUGCACCGAUGCUCAAUUAUAUAUUCGAUGUGCACAGUUCGCUCAACAAACACCAGCAUCAUCACGAUCAUCGAUGGGGUCCUCACUUCGAAGGAGAAAGUUCAAACGUCACAGUUCAGGCAGGUGCUUCGGUAAUGCUUGACUGCAAAAUUUUGUUACUUCAAAAAAAAACUGUGUCCUGGGUAAGGAGACACGAGGAUAACGAAAAAAUGACACUUUUAACAUAUGGAUUGCAAACCUAUUCCGGAGACGUCAGAUACACAGUGGAGUUUGAAUAUCCAGAUAAUUGGCGUUUGCAGAUAAAAUAUGUAAACAGUAGUGACGAGGGACAAUACGAAUGCCAAAUCAAUACCCAUCCGCUCAAAACAAUUCGCGUCAAUCUACACAUCACUGCCCCUUCAGUGAAGAUCGUUGAUGCGAUGGGGGAUCCUUUGCGGGAUAAAUAUUACGAAGCUGAUAGUACGAUCGAAUUACUGUGUGUGGUUCAUCACAUAGCAAUGCAGGUGCAGUACAGCGUGGUACAGUGGCUUCACGGAAAUCGGACACUGAACUAUGAUACAACGAGAGGUGGGAUUAGUGUGAGAACGGAUUUGAUGGAGGAUGGUGCUAAUUCGACCCUCAGCAUAGCAAGGGUUGGUCCCGCUGACAGUGGGAAUUACUCAUGUGUUCUCACAACAAUGCCCACGGAAUAUGCCACGGUUCACGUUCAUGUACUAAACGGAGAAAGUCUAGCUGAAUUGCAUCAUAGUAGUGCAACUACAAGGCGUUCCGAUGAUGACGUAGGAGUUUCUCUAUUGAUGCUGAUCUGGGCUGUCGUGCGUCUGGUGCUCAGAUGAAGACCCUAUGCUGAACAAGAUGCAGCUAUUUCCUUAAGGCGUCACGUAUUGAAUGGGGUUCAGAAUGAUACAAAAAAAAUAUGUAGACGAGCAUAAUGAAGAAGAAGAAGAAGAAGAAGAAGAAGAAGAUGAAGAAGAAGAAGAAGAAGAAGAAGAAAAAGAGGAAGAAGAAGAAGAAGAGAAAAUGGAAGGAGAAAAGUUGUACAGUCUGUGACGUGACAUUUUGAGCCACGCCACUGGUACGGUUCCGUGUCGACCAGUGGACCGGAUUUACGGUCCUACUUGACCGACGCACGCCGACUCGCGGGGCUGGACCGAUCGGAGACUCAACUGGCGUAGAGGCGAAGUAUUUUAGUUGGUUUUAUUUUAUUAAGUAUGAUUCUGUCUUUUCGGCGAAACACAUGUAAUUUCAUCGCGUAACCCGCGAAAACGUGUGAACGCGGUCGAGAGUGUGUCAAGAGAGGAGACUGAGAGAGAUAGAGCCUAGUAAUUGAAUCGUAUCAUUUUCUGUUUAUUGCACUUUGGCCCUUUCACCCCACGUCGUUGCCCUCGCGCGGGAAAACGCGCUAGAGUUUCAGCACUAUUCGUAAAAAUAUCUUUCUUGGUUAAAUCGCGUGCUCGAGUGCGGAUCCGUAUUCCGGGUUUAUUCAUCGAAAUCUGUGAGUGGGUGUCAAGGACUAGCGCCGGAAAAAGGCCCAAUGUCAGUGGCCGCCCGCUAGUCUUCCUAACGUAGCAACCAAGAGCUGCAACCCCACCAUCGUAUCCUUGGGAACCGCGGUCCGAGUCAAAUCAGCGCCUCGUCUAAUGGGGUUCGGGUUCGUUUCCGAGUUGGAGGUGCUGAAUUUCCUGGUGGUUUAAGAGUGGGCCCACCGUGGAUUCAGGGACGCUUGGAUUCAUGAGGGAGGCCUCCCCUCUUUCCGGCAACGAACGCCGAAUGGCCCUAGAGGAAGGCGACCAAGGAACGAUUAUUUGGAGGGACCUGUACUCGAGCGCGGGGUUUGAGAACCGUAUCAGCCACAUCGAUCCUCGUUCGCUGGAUCGAAGUGGGAAUAACAUUCCAAUGGAAUACGCGAAAAACUCCGAAAUACCACGUGAGGCGUGAGGAUAGGAGAGACGGAGAAUAAUCCAGUGCUGAAACACGGGCGCGUGGCCCUUCGUGGGGGGUAAUGAGUGGUGGGGAUAGCGCGAAUUCGGGAGCUCUUGCCUACGAACGAGGCGAGGGAUCACCAGUCUACGAUCGAUAACCGGUGCUGUGAGUCGAGUGUAGGUGCCUUUUGGAUUACCUAGCUGGUCUUGGCUGAUUCGGAGAAACUCUCGGUGAGCUCGUUCCUCGUUUUCUCCAUUGUCGCGUUCGGCCCCGUGAUUCCCUGAUUGUUUGGCGUGUCCUUUGCAUUAUCUUAGCGUUUAUUAUAUUUUAUUUGGCGAGCCACGCAGUCGUGUUCUUUUGCGAUAGUCUCGCGUUCAUCUCCGCGUGGUAAUAAUUUUGAGUUUGGGGAAUCACGGGGAAGGACAAUCACGAUCCGAAUCGGCCUUUCUUUACUGGGAAUUAUUUCAUUCAUAUUAGGGUAUUUUCUGUGAGGAUUUUGAGGGUAUACUAUGACGAAUAUUACGUCGUAAUAUUCCCGAUUUUGUAACUUCGUAUUUGUGAACCCCCGGGUUCGCCUCAGUCUCUCUCUCAGCGCGCGCUCAAGGCCAGCGUCGUCCUCGCGUGUUUACCUUUUUUCUCCUUUCGCUUCGCACUCGCCGUGCAUGUUAUCUCUCGCCGGGUUUGCUACCUUAUAUCCCGGCUUAUUCUGUCUUGUGUAUUUUCG